AUGGCUCCUCGUGCUGGUCCUCGUAUUCACCGCCUUCCUCAACGUCUUGAUUAUACCCUCAUCCCCGCACCGCUUGACCUGUCCCUUCCCCUCGUGGCAGAGAAGUCUGCGCUUCCAGCCAUCAUCGUCACCCCCUCAUCUCCAACCACGCCCCACGACUACUCCAUCGCUUUCCUCGCCCCUCCCGAAAAGCCCUCGUUGAAACAGCGCAUCACGACCUUCGCCGCACCUUUGAAAGGCCCCUUCAUCCUCAAAGCGCGCACGAUGCUGCUCAUCGUCAUCGUCAUCUUCGUUCUCGUCUGCCAUGUCGUCACACACAGCCUCGCGUUCCGCCGCCCGCAUCUCGAAUUCUCCGUCCAAGGCACUGAUGGACAUCUGGUCGAGAAUGCACCGUUCAACUGGUUUGGGUUCCGAUCUCUAUGGAGUGACGAAGAAGCACGGAGCGAAAGGGAGUUUCUUGUGAUUGAUGAACCGGUGGUACCCACACCCAAUCACAAACCACACCCACGGCGUAUCCGUUCCCAUACGCCCAUACCCUAG